CGUCAAUAUGAGUACUGGCUGGAUGAAUUAACUGUGAUCAAUAUCUUACAUUAACAAUUUAACUUCUGUAGAUUUUAUUAUCGAUGUAUCCAAUCAGCAGUAUUUAUAUUCAUUCAUCAAUUUCAUUUCCGGUAUUUCUAUCUUGCCAAACUAUACUUUUGUGUGCCUUAUCGGUGUUAAUAUUCAGUCCAGCGGAAAUUGAAGCUCGAAUGCGGGUGAAUAAAUUAGUACCGUAUCGACAGGCACACGAUAAUUCCGUGUGUUCAUUAGCACAGAGGAAUGUAUGCAAUUUGAAAAAUUGUAAUUCUCGACCAUAACUAGUGAGCGUUAACCGUAGGAUAGAAAAUUUGAUGUGUUUCCAUAAUACCAAUCUAUGAUUGAUAGCGGAGACAUGAAUUUACACGAAUAUCGGUCUGAAAGGAGAUUUUCAAAGAUUUCACGCAGUCUGGAUUCAUAUAACGCAGUUCUAGAUUAUAGGGUAAUCACAAAUCAAGUAUUUAUUCACAACUUGAGGGUCAGUGUCCUAAUAAUCAGGGCACCAGCAUGCGUUUGGCAUCGCAGCAGUCUUUGUGGUGAUGACUGUAGCUGCGGGCACAUCACACUCGCCAAUAAAUAUCGAACUUUGCCACAACCUUACACACUCGAACUUGAAAUUAAUAUUGAGUAAGAUGGUGUUAAAACUUAUAAUUAGUAUCUGGAUUAUUGCGCUGUUCACGGGCACACUGGGUGAACGUAUUUCAGAGGAUGUACAAAUCGUUCUGUUACCAAUUUGGAAUUCUCAUGAAAAAGCUCAGAUUCCUAUGAGCUUCACGGUAUUUGGGCAGAAAGUGGAGCUGAGAUUGCGCAAGAACGAUAAACUUUUGAUUCCCGAUUUCCAAGUUUGGAGACACGGCAAGGAUGAAAUACUGAAGGAAGUACCAGAAUUGAGUAGACCAGCGUCCUGUCAUUAUCUUUAUCAAGAUGAUCUGGUUUCUGCUGCAAUCAGCGCAUGUCAUCCGCGAAGCGUGCAUGGGCUUAUCUUCUUGGAUAAUGUUACACUUGAAAUAACGCCAUUGCAUGACGGAAGUUCUUCGGCUUUCAGUCAUCGUUCGGUCAAAGGCCGUUCUAGAGAACUUUUGAAAGAACCACACGUUGUCAGGAGAACUUUGGUUUCAUCUCGUAUAGUUAUACACAAAAAUAUCCACAACCGCCCUACUGUGUUGUCGAACUCCAAGUACGAAAUAACUACUGACUACGACUUAUUCUCUAGACCGGCAAGGGAGAAAGGCAAGAUUGUCAAAUCUCUAACAUUAGAACUAGCAGUGUUCUUUGACGAAGCUGGUUAUAAAUUGUUCGCACCAUUUAUGGAUAGAGAUGAGGAGAAAAUGCGAGACAUGCUUUUGGCCUAUAUAAAUGGAGUCCAGGCCCUCUAUCAUCAUCCUAGUUUAGGGGCUAAAAUUGAUAUAGCACUAGUGCGCUUAGAUCUUAUGCAAAAGCAACCGUACGAUCUUCCACAUUAUAACGGAGAAAGAGAACGGUUACUUGACUCAUUUUGUAACUAUGCUCAAGUUCAUAAUCCAUCCGGAGACGACCAUCCGAACCACUGGGAUAUGGGCCUGUACAUAUCUGGGUUGGACUUUUAUGCCAUUGAAAGUGGCAGAAAAAAUGGUGUAACAAUGGGACUGGCAACAGUUGGGGGAAUUUGUCUUGAUAAAUAUGCAUGCGUGAUAGCGGAAUUGGGUACUACCAAUUUGUUUGGAAAACCUUAUCCUUCGGCUGGAUUUACUUCCGUUUUCAUCGCUGCCCAUGAAAUUGGACAUAACUUGGGUAUGCAUCACGAUUCAACGGGAAAUGCUUGCCCAAAAGAUGGCUACAUCAUGUCACCUAGUAGAGGUAUGCAGGGAGAAACUAUUUGGUCAGAUUGUAGCAGAGAUGUUGCUCGAAAGCUUUCUGAAACUAAACUAUGUCUAUUGGAUGACGCAGAAACAAAUAACGACAAAACGUUAGAUCACUUGAAAUACAUUGGUCUACCUGGCAAGCAUUGGACCGCGAAGAAGCAAUGCGAAGUUCUGUUAAGGGACAAGGAUGCCGUAAUCGUUACGUUAUCUCAAGCUUGCCAAUCUCUGCAAUGCAAAAGUCCUCAUCGCAGUGGCUACUACUUUGCUGGACCAGCUCUGGAUGGAACCUAUUGUGCAGAGGGUAGAGAAUGUCGUGGGGGGGACUGUCUCCCAUUAUUACAAAUUUCUACAGUAGGAGAAAGUACAGCUAUCAUAAAAGGUGGGUGGGGCGGAUGGACGGAAGAAGCUUGUCACAGUGGCUGUAUCAAGGGUUCGCAGGGUGCUCAAGUCAGGCGUCGUUCGUGUAAUAACCCUUUACCAAGAAACACUGCGACUGGCUGCGAGGGGAUGGGCUAUGAUGUUUCACUAUGUAGAGAUGAUGGUUUGUGCACGAAAAAACGAACGACUGCAUCUGAGUAUGGAACCCUAAAGUGUAGUGAAUUUAGCAAGCGAAUACCAGAAUUAGACAGCCAAGGUAGCGGAUUACAAGCACCGCACGAACCAGGUAGACCAUGGAUGGCUUGUGCAAUAUUUUGUCGUCGAAAAGAUGGUAGUGCUUAUUACACUCCACGCAUAGAAUUAAAUGAUCUUGGCCUUGACCCAUAUUUUCCUGAUGGAACAUGGUGUCAUGCCGACAGGGAUGAAAAUUAUUACUGCCGUCAACACCACUGCCUUCCAGACAGUUUUCGUUUUGGAAGGAUAGUAAGCAAGAAUGAUUCAAAGCAAGAUCUUAACUUUGGUCCACAGAAUGCUCGUCCUGGGAAAUAUGUGGUACCAGAGGAAUUGAUCAAGUAUUUAAGUUUAAGUCCAAAUGGUCUGCCGCUACUAACAACGUUAUCUCCAAGCAGUGGUAUCCUUCUCGAUGAGGGUGACUGGACGGAUAAAGAUUACAUCGAACUUCCGCAACCUGUCCAAGAAGAAGUAUUAGAAACAGAAGGUUCAGACGUUUAUGCUGCAAACCUGCUUGACCUCAACGUAGUGUUCCCCGAAUCCCUCUGAGUGGGCCAGAUACCUCAACUGACGACCUCCACCUAUUUUUAUGUAAUUUAUUGCUAUUAUUAUCUCUCAUGCCAGUCGAAUGAGUGUAGAGCAAAGCCAAUAAACGAGCAGGUAUAGGAACAUGUA